UAAAAGGGAAAAAAACACGCAGUUGUGCACUUAAUCAUGUAGAUAAUGAUUUGACUCCCAAUUUCCUGGAUAAUAUCCUCGACGACAACAAAAGAAAUUGUACUUUAAGGCAUGAUUGGCACGUCCUAAGGCUCAGUGUCACAUCGAUUUGUUUCUCGAUCAGCGCGGGUCGUUGCUCUCGACUUUUCGCAUCAUGACAGAUUUCGCUCCCCAUGUAAAUAUGGCUUUAAGGCAGAUAAUCGAAUCGGAGCGCUUCAACCCCGACGAAUUSCGCCACCGAAAAUUAACCUUAUCACAAAGUUUCUGUCUUCUGUGGCAGAACCCGAAGACAGGUGAAGUGCCGGGGCGAAUGGUCGAUGAAGUGUUGCAUAUUACAGCCGUUGCUGCUGUUCUUCUCGACUUGAUGGUGCUGGAGAAAAUCGCAUUGCAGUCGGAGAAAGAGUCUUUCAUUACUAGGACUUUUUCUCAAACGUCAAGAGAAAUCAUCGUGAAAGUCAUCGAUCGGAAUCGCACAGGUACUUACCUGGAUGAGUGUCUCUUCAAUCGAAUUCUUAUGUGUGACAAAGAAGACUCGGUGAACGAAUGGAUGGUCAAGACGAUGGGUCUUCCCAGCCAAGUCUUAUGUACUCUCCUUAACAGCUUGAUCAAAAUAGGAAUAUUGGAAAAAGAGCAAAGGAAAUUCGACCCACGAUAUCAUACUCUUAACCCAGAACCGCAAAAAGAACUUUACAAAGAAGUCCAAAUGAUUGCAUUGCAAGGCCUAGUACCGGACAGUUAUAUGUGGUCACUGUUAAAGCUAGCAAGAACUUGUGAUGCUUUCAAAGCGAGUACAGCACCGAUUCUCAAUCACCAGUUUGAUUACAAAGACAACUCGACAGCCUUAGCUAACAUUGAUAAGCUGGUUAUGAUGGAGGAGUCACGGAGUACGCCGAAGGAAAAGAAAUACAAAAGACAAACGGGGAGCUUCGACGACUUGUUUAAACUUGGUAGUUAGUGAGUGAGAGCCUGAUUGAUGAACGAGUGAACAUGUGUGGAUGGGUGGGGAUGGUGAGAAUCAUGUUAUGUCUUUACAAGAGAAUAUGAACUGGUUCAAUUUCUCUUGGUCUUUACCUUCAUGCUCCCUUGAUCCGAAGGUUUUUCUCCUGCUUUUUGUCUUUUUUUCCCUUGUCCACGAAACCUAACACGCUACAAUUCCAAUAGAGGUUUUGCACCAUCACGUGCCGGCGCCCAUAAUACAUCUUGGGUUGCUUGAGGUUAGAUUGCAGAACAAUAUAAUCCAUUUGCCUUUUGGGAAUUCAAUUCUUUCUCAUGUAAAACGAUUGUAUUGUUCCUGCCAUCUAACAUGGCUGCCGUCACGUGAUGGUGCAAAACCUUGU